ACCUCAGUGCUACGAGCACAGCAUAUCGGGGGCGAGUUUUUCGUGCACGCGCGCGUUUUCGCGGUUUAGGCGGGGGAGGGAGUUCGAUACAACACCGGUGUGCACAAAGCCGACACUUAUUUUGUGGGAGCCAUGGGUUUGUUACAGCUAUGUGCAGAGCUCUUCCACACAUCCGACCUUUACAAGGUGCUCUGUGUGGCGAAGGAGGCGUCGGACGCAGAGCUGCGGCGUGGUUAUUAUAAACUCUCCCUGCAGGUUCACCCAGACAGAGCACCGGAUGAUCAACAGGCCACCAUCAAGUUUCAGGUACUAGGAAAAGUCUAUGCUGUGUUGAGCGACAAGGACCAAAGAGCGGUGUAUGAUGAGCAGGGUGUAGUAGAUGAAGAGGAUUCGCUUAACCAAGACCGCAACUGGGAAGAACAUUGGAGAAGGCUAUUUCCAAAGAUAACGUUGCAGGACAUAAUUGACUUUGAGAAGCAGUAUAAGGACUCUGAGGAAGAGAAGCAGGACUUAAAGAGGCUCUACCUGCAGCAUGAGGGAGACAUGGACCGCAUCAUGGAGUCAGCACUGUGCAGCAGUCAUGAUGACGAGCCUCGUGUGCGGGACAUCCUGAAACAAGCCAUAGAUGCUAAAGAUGUGCCAGCCUACAAAGUCUUUACUCAUGAAAGUGCCAAGAAAAAGGCCAGACGCAGGAGGAAGGCAGAGAACGAGCAGCAAGAGGCAGAGGAGCUCCAAAGAGAGAUGGGGCUGAAUACAGAGGAUAGCCUAGUGGCCAUGAUCCAGCAAAGACAGAAAUCCAAAGAAAAAGAUUUUAACUCGCUCAUCUCAGAUCUGGAGGCCAAGUACUGCAAGAAGUCUUCCAAGGGGAAAAGAGCCCAAAGUUUCAUGAUUGGAACUGAUCUCCCAGCAAAACCGUCAGGAAGGCAGUAGGUGUAUGUAUUUCUUCGGUUGCACCAACUCCAUACUGCAUAUCUAUAUCAGACCAAUGUAAAUAUUAAAUUGAAUACACCACAGUCAUACAUGAAUGAGUGCAAGUGUGUAACACCAUUCAUUGAAUUUUUCCCAUCAUGUAUGACAAACAAUUUAGACUAUGAUAAGUUCAAAAUGAUCCUACCCUUCUGUCAGCAAUUCUUUAUUCACGUUUUGAGGCACUUGUAUGUAUAUUGAUUUGGACAAAGUCUAAAUGUAAUAAACAUUACUUUUUUCAUUGAA